AGUUAUAUUUGCGAGAAUUUGACUAAAUACUCAUCAUUAUUUAUAAGGGAGUAUAUUAUUCAAAAAAAUGUGUUAUAUGGUUUACAACCCGAGAACUAGCCGCAGGCUAGUGAUCGAAAUGAAUGGUUAAUUUCAGUAUCAUUCUCAUACACUGUAACGUAUGCCUAAUAUGUUAGGCGUAUAUCCAAAAUAAUUCUAGGUGUAAUAUUGAUAUCAUCUAAGCGUUAUGCACUUAUGUAUGUCCAUUUAGUUUCAUUUUAGGUAUUGUGAAAUUUAUUUGUAAAUUUUAUUGUGUCACUUUGGGCGCAGCAUUUGAUGAAUAAAGAUUGAUAUUUGGAAACUCAAAGAAGCCUUCUGGUAUACUUCAGGUUACAGAACCCAGCAGAAACCCUUAUAACAAUUGGUGUGGAAUCAACGAUCCUUUUAGAAACCUCAACAGAUGUCAACACCUAUCAACGACAUCUGAUCAAGAUUGCAAAGCGAGUAUUGGCUUCGAAGUAGAGAUCAGCCAACUUUCUCCAGAAAUUCAACGUCUGAGCAGCCCACAUUGGAGCAUGAUCAACUAAUUGAUAGACAUUCAAAGCAAGGUACACCAAUCAAGAUGUUUCCUCUAAUUCUAUUGGUACUUUCAAUCGCCAUGGCAAAUGGGAAUGUGGAAGAAAAGCCAAACAUGAAUGAUAAAAUUAAAGAACUUUUCAAUUAUGGUGUUACGUUUGAGGACAAGGGCACCUUGUAUCCAUCAGGAAAUCACUGGAAACAUUUCUUCGAAAUCGAGUUACAGAAAUUUCCAUUUGUGUCUGAGAGACCUUCCCCAUGUUCCAACUGUCCAUGGUACAGUGAAGCAAUGGAAGAAAUUCUAGCUUUACACCGACAGACAGCAGUAGAUGUAGGAACAAUUUUGGGAGAAAUCAAAACUCUUUUACCCCAUCACUCUUUAGUAAGGAUUCCAAUGGCUAGGAAAAGAAGGUCAUUUUUACCUUUUAUCGGCUCAUUAGCUAAAACAUUGUUCGGAACAGCCACUAGUUCGGAUUUAACUAGUCUUUCUAGGAAUGUAGCGUUACUUAGGGCAAAUCAACAGAAAAUGGCUAAAGCUACAUCUCAUCAGAUUGAUAUUUUCACUGCUGCAAUCAGGAAUUUUGACUAUAGAAUUGAUAAUGUUUUUCGAGGAAUAACAGAUAAUCAUGAGGCUAUUCAACAGUUAGGUGAGAAUUUUAAUAAUUCAAUAAUAACUAGUCAGGUAGCUCAAGCUAGGCUAUUAGCAGCAAUGACCAAACAGACUCGACUAGCAUUAACAAUACAAACUAGGUUUGAAGAAUUAUUAAUGGGUGUAUUAGCAACAAUGCAAGGAAAAUUAUCUCCCUUGAUUAUACCACUUCACACCUUAACUAAUGUUUUGUCCCACAUGCAAAGUAUUGUUCAACCACAUGGAUUUUAUUUAACACACUCACACCCAUCAUUCUACUACAAACAUGCAAAGUUCACUAUUUUUCGUCGGUUUUCAAACAUUCUAAUUUCAGUACAAUUUCCAAUUACAACUGUUACAUUGCAACUUUUCAAACUGAAUACAUUUCCGAUUCCCCUUAAUAAAACAACAAAACAUGGUACACAACUACAUACCUCGAAAGAUCAUCUAUUGUUAUCUCAAGAUGGAAAUCUGUUCAGUGAGGUAUCUUCUAAAGAUUUACAAUCUUGUUCACAAAGUAAUCAUAUUUGGCACUGCGACCAACAUUACAUUUUAAGAAAUGAUACACGCAGGUCACGCUUAUUUAGUCUUUUUCAUGGAAAGAAGUCAGAUAUUAAUGAUAAUUGUAUUUUUCAUUUUGUUCAAGAUAUUAUUCAACCAUCUAUCAUCCAGCUUAAUCACAGUCAUUUAGUUUUGAUUAAUGUCUCGGAUAUUACUCUGACUUGUAAGAAUAGUAAAACAGCUGAAAAAGGUUGUUCCUUUUGUAUUAUUGCUAUUCCAUGCAGAUGUUCUCUUUCAAGUUCAUCUAUGUAUAUAGAUCCAUAUUGGAAUAGAUGUAACAGCAACAAACUGCAAAUGUUAUUUCUAAAGUUCAUGGAGAUAACCUAAUACUUCUUCAGCAAUUUUUCAAUUCCGCUUUGAAAGAUAUAAAACCAAAUUCAACUUUUUCUCAAACAUUAGCCAUCCAAUUACCACAUUUCAAACUUUUUACACACAAUUUUACAAACAUAAUUGAAUCUGAGCAAAAAGCAAAACUGGAUUUAAAGAAGGUGGCCAUAGCGGCUAAGGAAAAUAAAGUAAUUUUUCAAAGAUUAUCAGAAUCAAUAUUAGAUUACCAAACUAAUUUAUCUCAGGGUGUAGAUUUUACUUCAAUCUUAUCUUAUAUCUCAGCAGCAUUAGCUUUUGUUAGCUUACUAGCUUUUGUAUUUUUAUUCUUGAAGUAUAGAGCUUUAGUGACAACAGUAGCACUGCUUUCAAAAGCUAACAAUGUACACAGCUCCAUAAUUCCACCAGUUUUUCAUUACACUACAGCACCUACAAUUACCACAACUACAACUUCAUUAGACUUAACACCACAUGUCUACUCAGCUUCAGGAGUACUUGGUACUUUAUCAGUCAUUGUUAUGUUCAUGUUUAUCUUGUACAAGUUCUUCAAGAAAGAUAAGUUUAAACUGGUUCUUGAACUCACAAACAACCAGGACACAGUUUUAAUACCAGUGGUUAGUCUACCAUAUGCUCAUGAUAGUUUAACCUUCAUGACUUCUUCUGCAUUAUCAGAUUUCAAGGUCACAUUUGGUGUCAGAUCAUAUUUGGAUAUUGAUUGGGCAAAUUUCUCAAUAGAAGAUAGGAGCUUUGGUCGGAAAUUCAGUAUUCCUCCAAAAAUAUAUUUAAAUCCUCUGUUAGCAUACAAAACAAAUCGAAUAAUUAACACAACUUUUACUGCUUUAUUAUAUAAGCAGCUAGGUAGAGUUAUGUACCCUGUUAAUAUUGCAUCUACAACUAAAACAGCUGCAGAGGUCAAUACCAAACUCUAUCCAGAUAUAGCUUCAGGGUGAAUUUUUUUCACUUAUUUCUACGUCCUGGCAUAAUCCCAAUAUACCUAGAAAUGCAUCAGCACACAUGUAUAUAUGAGUUGUACAUAUUUUCAACAUUUUUUCAUUCUUUAAGUAUUUUUUAUAAUGAUCUAAUCCAUUAUUAAUGAUGGAACUAUAUAGCUACUUCAACAUUAGAAGGUAAUCUGCACUGGUAUGCUUAAAACUUAGGUUAGUAAAUUAUUAUACUUCCUCUAUUUGGCCAUCAUACAUCUAUGGACAAUAAUUGGAGAAUCAGAAGUGACUUAUGCUUUUCAUGUCAGAAUUUGAAUAGCACAAAAUGUGAAUGCCAAUGGACAUAGUACAUUCAACAUAUAUUCUCUGGAUUGUGAAUUCAACAUAUAUUCUCUGGAUUAUGAAUUCAACAUAUAUUCUCUGGAUUGUGAAUUCAACAUAUAUUCUCUGGAUUGUGAAUUCAACAUAUAUUCUCUGGAUUGUGAAUUACACAUUUAUUCUCUAGUUUGUGCAUUCAAUGUCAAUUCUCUGGAUUUAUAGUAUGUACCUUGAUGGACCCUUGCCUACCAGUAUAGUGAUGCUAUGAAAUAUAGCAAAGAAAGAAAAAAAAAGGAUUAAUUCUACAAUGGACACCAGACCAUAUCACAAGAAUUAACUGAUUGUGACUUUGUAUAAUUUUGUUUUAUUUCCAUGUAGUAUGCUUUGUUUGACUUGUUUAUUAUAUAUUUCAUAUAGAUACAAUUCUACUUGUCAUAUUUUUGUAAUAUAUAUAUAUGUAUGUACAAAACACAUUUUUUUUUUUAUAAAAAAAAAAAAUAAUUGUAUCUGAAUUCCGGAGGAAUUCCUUUUUCUAAGUAGGGAGGAAAUCUAU